AUGGCGGCGGCAGCGGCGGCUGCAGCCGGGACCCCAGUUGGGCUGAGCUCGGUCCUCUCAUACGGGCGUCUGGUGGCCCGCGCCGUGCUCGGCGGCCUCUCGCAGACCGACCCCAGGGCCGGUGGCGGCGGUGGAGGCGACUACGGGUUGGUGACGGCCGGCUGCGGCUUCGGCAAGGACUUCCGUAAGGGCCUCCUCAAGAAGGGCGCGUGCUACGGGGACGACGCGUGUUUCGUGGCCCGGCAUCGCUCAGCCGACGUGCUCGGGGUUGCAGAUGGUGUAGGAGGCUGGAGAGACUAUGGAGUUGAUCCCUCUCAGUUCUCAGGGACUUUAAUGCGUACAUGUGAACGUUUAGUUAAAGAAGGACGGUUCGUACCGAGUAAUCCCAUUGGAAUUCUCACCACAAGCUACUGCGAGUUGCUGCAAAAUAAAGUACCUUUGCUUGGUAGCAGCACCGCCUGCAUCGUGGUGCUGGACAGAACUAGCCACCGCUUACACACAGCAAACCUGGGCGAUUCAGGCUUUCUGGUUGUCAGGGGCGGCGAAGUUGUGCACCGUUCAGAUGAGCAGCAGCAUUACUUCAACACUCCGUUCCAGCUCUCGAUCGCUCCCCCAGAAGCCGAGGGAGUUGUCUUGAGUGACAGCCCGGAUGCUGCUGAUAGCACAUCUUUUGAUGUCCAAUUAGGAGACAUUAUCCUGACAGCAACAGAUGGACUCUUUGACAACAUGCCUGAUUAUAUGAUCCUUCAGGAGCUAAAAAAGUUAAAGAAUUCAAAUUAUGAGAGUAUACAGCAGACUGCAAGAAGCAUUGCUGAGCAAGCUCAUGAGCUGGCCUAUGACCCAAAUUAUAUGUCACCUUUUGCACAGUUUGCUUGUGACAACGGAUUGAAUGUGAGAGGUGGAAAGCCAGAUGACAUCACCGUCCUUCUUUCAAUAGUGGCUGAGUAUACAGACUGACUCACUGAGGUGUCAACUCCUGCCUUUCCUUUCACCGUCCCACAUUUCCCCUGCCAUGUGUGCUGAUCCUGCUGGCAGGACCGCGUUUCUUUGCCACUGAUCUCAAUGGCCAGUGAUGUAAGCCUUUUACCUUUUUGAGACCCAUUGAGAUCUUUGUUGAGAACCACUACUGUCAUUCAUUAGCUCAUAUCUGCCGGCAGUAAUUGAAGAGAAUCAAGAUUUGAAGAUUCGCCUUCAUUUCUCAUUGCCCUUUCCCUGAUGUGGAUGGAGGUUUUCAAGGCCAAAAUGGCUUAUUACUUUUUAAAAGCAGUUGAAGUAUUGAAAAUGAGUAAUGUUGGUAAAGUGAAUUCACAAUUACAGUGUGUUAAAGGGAUUUUAAGAGUCUAACACAAAUCGUACACAAUGAUACAUCUACUAGAAACAUACGUUAUUCAUCAAAGAAAUGUUACACAUGUAUUCCACUUGGAUAGUCUUUGUUAUGAUGAUUGGUAUGGCUUUAUGUUUUCUUUAUAAACUCCUAUUUUUCAGGGGCUUAUAAUUCUGCUCUAAAACAUUGCUCUGGGUUAUGAAAUCUUGAUUCCAGGAGCAUUUUUUUUUGUUACAAAUUGGAAGAAAAAUUCAUUUUAGUUCUAUGGAUGCAAAUAUUUUGUGCUUUAAAAAAGAUGCUUAAUUGUGUUCCUGUGAUUAAAGUUUUGGCAGUUUAUUGAUUAGUCCAAAUCACAGGCUAGUGGCCUGAUCUACAGUAGGGGUGGGGGAGACUCCUUACCAAAAUUUUUUAGUGGAAAUAUUACUCAAGAUUAUAAAACUCCUUAAAGCCUAGAAAUUUAGUGUUGUGGCUGAAAUUCCUUCCAGCUGCCUGAUAGGAUGGGCCUGUAUGGAGCUCUAGGCCUACAGGACAAGGAUGUCUGUAAAUUCGAAUUUUGUUGGCUUUUGAUGUUACUCUCAGACCUUGUAUUAGUAGUCUUGCUUUCUAUAGAGCAUGCACCAAAUUCAGUGAGUCCCUCCCCAUGAAAAGAACACUGUGUGCAGUAGCAACAGCACAAAAGUCCACAACGAAAGCUCAUAGUGAUGAUCUGACAUUUGUAAUUACCCCAAACAAAAAUUUAGGGGUUUCUGAAUUGAGCUUAAUGUUUACAGUUUCCAAAUAGCCAUUUUGCAGUGUAGUUUCCAUAUCAAAUUACCCCGCAUUUGGUUUUCCCAUUAUCUGCAAACUCAAACUUAUUUUUAAGGUUUGUGUACAAGUUGACUGCUGUAAAGAUAUAUAUUUUGGGGUCAGUUUUUUUCCUUCAUUAACUUGGUGGUAGAAAAGUAUAUAUACUUAGAAAUCCUUAAAUUAAAGCCAUGUUUUAUAUAUAAGUCAGGUAACAUUGGUGUAUAGAUGAGAAUGCAAUUAAACCUGAUGAGAAUCUACUUGAGAAUAUAGUAAGUCUUUUUCUCUGAAGGAGAUACUGACUCCCUGGUUUAUUGCAUUAAAACUUACGUUUGAGGUUACCUCAACUUGUUUUAAAAGAUUUUGUUUUGUGAAUUUGUACUGUAUAUUUGAGUAACUGUUAAGCUUUUGUUUUAUUUAAAAUUGUUUAACAUGUACCAUGUACAUGUCAUUACUAUAUUUCAAUGCAUCAUGCUUGUAACAGGCAUUUCAUUUAUAAUAAGAAUGAGUUAUUCAUUUGUAAGCUGUUCAGUAAUUUAUCUACUAUUCCUAAAUUGGCAUACUGUUAGAUACCUGUUUUGAGUCACCUUUAAUUACAUGUCAGAAUGCCUUAACUACCCUAACUUGACAAAACAGAAUUCUUUGGUGGAAGAGAUGGGGGGCGGGGUGGGGAUUGUGGAGGAAGACUCUCUUUAAAUAAGGAGAAGUCGUCAUGUUGUGAUAAAACACGGAAGCAUGAGUGGCAAGUGGUGGGGUAUUUAUUUUGCACAAACUAUUUGCAGUCUCUGCGUAUUUAAAAAGUAAAGAAAGUUCAUCCAGAAGGGUUUUGUUAGGAGGAAUACAAUUAUACUAGGACUGACAACUUCAGCUCUUUUGUUUGGAUUUUUAAUUAUUUUUGGUCAGAGGUAUGUAGCCUUAUGAUCUGGAUAUAUUUUGUAUUAAUUUUCCAGUGUCUACAUUUAAUUCUGGUAAGAGCAGUGCUAGUCAAAUUACUGGCUUUUCUCUGCUCUCAUUUAACCUGUCAAAUGCAAUCUUUGUAAAGCUAGAUUGGUGGUGUUUUACACAACUCAUUUAAUCAACUUCCUUUUUUGAGAAAUGAUUGUUAGAAAUCGACAAUAUGUUUGUUCCAGUGAGGCUGAAAAUAGUCAAGAAUUGAGUUUCACAGUGGAAUUGACUUUGGACCUGGCCUGUAGAUUUGUGACAUAAAAUAUUUUUUCUUCUCCCAUGUUCUUUUUGUGUUAUGCACUCAAUUUUAUGACUGCCAGGGCUCAGUUGGAGUGCUGCUUAACAAGUAACUCUGCUACUCACAGUGGUCAGAGGCUGUGUUGGACCCACGGUAGAAUUUUCCAGGUCACAGACCCAAGCUUCCAUGGGGUGUGACUGAGCUAUACCACUUGGUGGGUCUGAUUCUGAACCUGAUGUGUGUGUUAAUUAUAUUUUAAAUCAAGCAGUAUAAACACACACACUUGCCUCACGUAAUGGAAUUUUAUAACAAAAGAAAACCUGGAUUUCUAAUUUACAAAUGGCAAAUUAUUUAUCCCUCUCUGGAUGCACCAAAGACCAGUAAAGUUUAUAGCUUUUCCAUCUAUAUUUAUAAAGCAAUACUGUAUUAUAAAAAUCAAUAUUUUUAUCACAUGCUUGAAAUUUUUAUUUUGUUCUGUUUUAAAAUGUGCACUCUAAACAUAUCAGAACCUUGUUUCUUCCUAUGAACUUAAGCUGCCUGCGCACAAAAGAAAUUUUACCGCAUGGAAAUGCAGUAGAGUCCACUGGCUCUUAAAAACAAAGAAGAAAUGAGGGGAAAAAAGUGAUUUGUCCUGAAUUACUGUUUUCGCUUGACAUGGUUGAUAGGUACUAAAUCACAAAAGAAUCCAUUCCAGGUGUGCAUGUCUGGGGGUUGGGCUGUGUCUAGAUUAGAAACUUGAUUCAAGCUUUGCAUGAUGGGAGAAUGUCUUCUAUCAACUGCUCUUGUUCUGGAUAGAACGGUAGCCCAAAGAUGAAACCACCUUCAGUACCACCAACCUACCAUAUCAAGUAACAAGGCAGGAAUUAUAGGUAUUUACUGAGUCUGUUUUGGAAAUGGUAAACAAGAUUGGCUAGAACUGUUUUGAGAGAGUUCAUGGUUCUUUGUCACCUUAUACCAGCUAUCUUUGGUAGAAGCUACAGCAUUCAGUUUCUCUGAAACUAUCACAUUUUUGCACUUAACAAAUUUUACGAUAUCAAAAAACCAAAAUCUGCUUAUAAAACAAAAUAUAAAGUGGAAAACAUUUGGAUUCUAUUUGUAAAAAAAAUUCUUUGCAAAACUGAAGUUAACUAUAAAAACAGUGUCCAUGUCAAACUUUUAAUUGUUAGCAGGUAGUUUGUGGCAAAGAUGGCUAAAUAAUGAAGCAAAUUUGAAUCUGUGUAUACUAAUGAGCUGCUUCUUCCUGUUGAGACUAUCAUUAUUUGUCUUACCCAAGAGGUAAUUAUCUGAAUUGGAUGUCUGAAAUAUAACUUAUGCAGGAAUAGUUCUGUAAAUACAUUUAAAUAAACUGUAAAGAUAUUUAAUAAAUAUAGUAUUUAUACUAA